AUGUAUGUAAUUUUUUCCUCAUUGUUUUCCCCCUUUCUACCAGUGAGGAGUGAAUGCUACCCUUUGAUAAACCCCUUCUGGCAUGAGAAUGCGAACAUCACCGAUUCACACAGACAGCUUUUGUACAUGCAUGGGACAUUUGUCAUCCUGAUGCCCCUCAGCCUGAUACUGAUGAUUUUCGGAGGAAUGACUGGAUUCAUCAGUAUUCUUGCCAGGGCUUACCUACUGCUCCUAAUGACGGGACUGCUUUUUCUUUUUGGAGCUCUUGUUACCCUCACAGGGAUCAGUGUCUAUAUUGCAUAUUCAGCUGCUGCCUUCCAAGAAGCUGUUUGCCUCCUGAGGAGCAAGGAUCUCCUGGUGGAAAUCGAUAUCAGGUUUGGCUGGUCCCUGGCACUAGUGUGGAUCUCCUUUGUGGCAGAAGUGCUCACUGGGGCCGUGUUCCUGCUGGCAGCAAGAGUCGUGGGUCUGAAACGGCAGCAUGAGCAGGCUUUAUGAGCAGCAGGUUCCUUUGCAUCAACAGAACCCUGCAGAGCCUCAAAAUUCAGAUUACUUGGUCCAUCUGGUCACUAGGGUAAUAAGAGUGGCAAGGCUGAGUGUCUUGUCAGCUG